AUGCUACGCGGCUUGACAGAGAGACCAAACGUCCAGUCUACCCUUAUCCUAUCCCGCAAAGAUGGUUCUAUCAUAAGAGCGACCGGCAUUGGCCUACCGGAAGAGAGAGGUGAUGCAACAUCCGCAGGCUACCAGUGGUCGCAGGUUCCCGUGUCGGCUGGUGGUCUAGAAGGACCAGAGAGAGGAGGAGCGUCGAUAGCGGAGAAGUCAGAGGAGUCUACAGAGGCCCCGCAGAGUGCAAGACCUGUCGAGAUUCUGGCUUCGUCUAUUUUUCAGUUCGUGAACAACGCCAAUGUGCUGGGAAAGACUCUCGGGGCCACAUCCCGAGGAGGGCCACGUACCAACGGAACAUUCACGGCCAGUGCCUAUGGAGAAGGCACAGAUUCUGCAAACAACGAGAGAAGCUCUGAAGAAGACGCGGAAAGUGGUCCUAGCGAGGACGAAGUCCAGCUACUCAGGCUACGAACGAAACACCAGGAAAUCAUCAUCUUUCCCGAUCCAAAUUACAUCUGCUGCGUUGUUCAGAAAAUGAGCAAGGCUGGCAAUGCGCCCAAUCGAAGAUAA